AUGGUGAUCGCAAUUUCCAAGCAUUUUGGAUGGCCCAUCGACCAGCUUGAUGUGGUGACAGCUUUCCUGUAUGGCGUCAUGAAGGAACAAGUGUUCUGCGUGAUUCCUGAAGGCGUCGAACUUGACAGUACGUUUGACUGCCUGGAAUUGGUGAAGUCAAUUUACGGCCUCAAGCAAGCGUCGCGAGUGUGGAACGAGACGUUCGACGAGUAUGUGUGCUCCAUCGGAUUUCAAGUAUCGGACUUCGACCCAUGUCUCUACAUCAAGACUUCGGACGGCCAUUGCGUGUUUAUACUGGUCUACGUGGACGACGUCUUGGUGACUGGAAGCUCGCUCGAGCUGAUUGCACAAACCAAGAACGACCUGAAGACGCGGUUCGAAAUGACGGACAGCGGCAAGUGUGCGUUUGUUCUUGGGAUCGAGCUUUUGGACGGUGAAGAUGGCAGUGUGACACUAUGUCAGCGUCGGUAUGUCGAUGAUAUCCUCAAGCGCUUUGGCAUGGAUGAUUGCAAGGCAGUCGCAAGUCCAGUCGACAUGAGCUCUCGACUUGUUUCAAGUGAUGCAACUACCAAGGUCGAUGCUCCUUUUCGCGAAGCUGUUGGUGCGUUGAUGCACCUGACCACUGCAACGCGUCCGGACAUUGCGUUUGCUGUGGGCUAUGUGUCGCGGUUCAUGGAAAAUCCCCAAGAAGAACACUGGGUUGCAGUUAAGCGUAUCUUUCGCUACCUACAAGGCACCAAGACGCAUGGAAUUUGCUACAAGCCAAGUGCAAGGAUCGACUUCCGUGGAUAUUCGGAUGCGGAUUGGGCUGGUGAUCUUAUCGACCGCAAGUCAACAUCGGGGUACACGUUCAUGCUACUCGGUGCGCCAGUCAGUUGGGGCAGCAAGAAGCAGCCAAGUGUUUCGUUGUCCACGAGUGAAGCCGAAUACAUCGCACUCAGCUUGGCGAUUCAAGAGGGCAAGUGGAUUCAUCGUCUGCUUUGUGAGAUCGUGAUGGCUGCCAAUGAAGAAGGACCGGAACUCAUGAUCCAUGAAGACAAUCAGUCGUGUAUCAAGAUGACGAAGAACCCAGUCAACCACGGCCGUGCCAAGCACAUUGAUAUCAAGUACCAUCACAUCCGUGAUGAGGUCAAGCGCGGUGAAGUGAAGCUCAAGUACUGUGAAACUGCGGUGAUGUUAGCGGACAUCAUGACGAAGGGACUUCACGGGCCACGCCACAAGGAGAUGACGGCGACUCUCGGGAUUCGUGAGCAUUCGGAUUGA